AACACCACACACCCCUGCGCGCUCUUAUUAUUGGGAAAACAUCUGCCUCUGCAUCGGAAAAUCUCUUUUAAAUGGCCGAGAUUUAAUUGAAACUGAGUCGAAAUAUCGUGUAACAUUACUGGGGUAGGUUGUCCGACAAAUAAACGACAUGUUUAGACCAUUAGACCGGUCGGUAUUUUCCCAAAUGAACGGCAACUUAGAUGGAAAAUAGAUUCGGCAAUACCGAAAGGGGGGUUAACGCAAGUUGCGCGGUGUGUCGUGUGCCUGUCGUCCGUCGUCGUGUAUCCGCGUCGGUGAAAACUCACACAAGACCCGUCAAAUAUCAGACUUGUGUGGAUGGUCAAUUGUUUGUGUUGGUGGGUGAAUCGGGCAAGUGCCGUGGUGCGCGCCGUGCCGAGGAGCCGAGGAGCCGAGAGCCGAGAGGAGAGAGAUAUAAUAUAAUAUCGCUUCGCUCUCUUUUGUGAAUAAGUAAUAUAAUCUGUUGAAAGAAAAUCGUCAAGCUUGGUGUCGUUGAUUAACGCGGUGCCGAUAACGAAGCGCAUUCCUCAACUUCGGAAUAACUCGAGUCAACUUCCAAGCCCGACUAUGGAGAUAUCGAAAAGUUUACAGGAUGAGAUACACUCGGUGCAAAACAAGCUCAAAUACGCCAUACAAAAUCAUCAGGUGUACGUGGGGAAGCUGAACGAAGACCCGAACAACGAAGAACUUCUUGGACAGCUGCACGAGAUUCAAGAGCACAUAAUUUCUCUCUCAAAAUGCCAGAAGCAGGUCGUUCAGCGUUUGCGCAAAGAGGUGAAGCUGUACGAAGCGGCAAAUUCAAAUGGCGGCAAAGUCUCUAUAGGCUCGUUAUUAGGAUUGAACAACAACGACAGUAUAACGAAUAAUAAUGUGACGAAAAGCCGCGAAUGCGAGCAAACCGUCAAUGGGAAUAAUUUCAACGUAUUGAGACGCAGAUUGUCGAAAGACGAUUACGAGGAUGAAAUUCAAAACGUUGAUCUACCCUCACCCAGUCGUCAUUUUCGAAAUAAUUGUUCCAGGGAAAGAACAAGAUUCAACCGAAUAGAUUCAAACGACGAGGAUAUCGUCGAAAUUGGAACGGAUGAAAAUUCGACUGAGAAACCGAUCCCUGAUGAUAUUUACCAAGAUCUUCAUUAUAAGCAGCAGAAUUUUCUUGGAUGUCUCGGAUUGAUCACAGCCGACAAACACACGGAAUUACAAAACAAAAGAGCAGAAAGAAAACGCAGGAGUACCGCCAAUCCACAGUUCGUUUAUUCUAAUUGGGAAAUUCCUACUAAAAGAAAAAGACACUCGUAUCUGCAAUCGAAUGGGACAGCACCGCAAACACGACAAACGACAGCUCGAUUAAAUGGCCCAUCUCCACCUCCGUCUAAGGUGGGAGGUUUAAAGUCAUCUUCGCCGCUUUCUGCAGCUUCCGCAAAGUCGUUAAUUCCAACGCAAAAGUCAUCGACAAGACCAAAUAUACUUAGAAAUAAUCAAGAAAGUAAAGUAUUUGCGGGCAAAACGAAAUCCGAGAAUAGUUCGAGCCACGGACAGCAGUCUAACGUUAAGUCGGUUACAUCGGUGGGAGGCAAAGCUGUUCACAUACCUGGUCUACCCUCGAGUUUGACCAUCGAAAGGAUUGAAAAUAAAUUCUGCGCAGUUUGUAUUCUCUGUAGAAAAUCUGGUUCUACUUUAGAGGUCUGCGAAGUUUGUGGUUCAUAUUUUCACACUACUUGCCACGUGGCUUUAAGCUCGCCUUUCAGAACCUGUCCAAAAUGUACCACUAAAACUGAGGAAAUAGAUUGUGAUCAAAACAGUAGCGAUACCUUAGCAAUUGAGACUAGAAGGGAAAUUGAAAUUGCAACAACAUCGAACGCGUCAAGAGAUGUUGGGGAAACAAGAGAAGACUCAGAGGUCCGUAAAACGCCUGGUGGAUUUCAUAAAGCUGAUGCAGCAACAGAAGGACCCAUCCCAGCAGCCCUCAACGUCAACCAGCUUCCAUCCUCAACCUUCCUCAUCCCUAUCGUCCCGAACUCCAUCCCCUCCUCCACCGUCUCCACCGCCAUCUCCUCUUCCCCCUCAUCCUCCACAUUCGACGUCGAUCAGUCUGAGACCACUGUCUCAUCUGCAGCAGCUGUCAACAAUGGAGAAUCAAACGUCAGCACAUCUUACUCCUCAAUUCUCAUCAACCGACUCUCAAGACCACCAAGCAUCGAGUCGGACACCAAGGUCACCUACGCCUACCAGUUUCCAAUCACAGUUGGUCAGCAAGAAAAAUCACAGUCUUACCUCAUUGUCAAAAAAAUCUCCGAAUCAUCAAAAACCACAGCAAGAAGUAAACAAUUAUCAUCAUCAUCAUCUUCGUCAACUGUCCCCGGAAAUAAGCCUGAUAAGCGAAUCCCUGUCGCCACCACCGUCGACGCUCAACAAUCUUCAAAUGCAAGUUUCAAUGACGACGCUCAAUCAGAGGUCAAGUCUGUUGCUCACAGAGAAUCAGUGGGAAGAUUCAAAAAGUACAAUGGACAAGAGCCUGCUAAGCCAGGUGAAGAUGCACCGCCAAAACCUGCUAAAUCAGAAUCAACAAACUGUUUUAACAGCGAGAAGUGCCUCACCAAACAGCACUCUAAACUCAACAUCAACCAGCUCCGAACACCAAGACAAUCGAACAGUUUUAUACCCCUCCACAGUAUUAUUGGCCGCCCAAAAACUAUCGACAAACCUGACGUCGCGAAAGAAUCAGAGACACGAAAAGUCGGACAAUCCUGCUGCGAACCCGUUGCCCACUGUUCAAAAGCCAAAUCAAAAACAAAUUUACUCUACUCAUUGUUCUCAAGCAAUAACGAGUCCCAUCCCUUCACCGGUAGUUUUGUCCAGUCGCAAGAUCCAGCCGCAGAACAAAUCCAAUCAGAAUUCAAGCUCCAACCACCUGAAAAUUACCAAUCGAAAUGCGACAAACGCAAACCUGGAAUUCAUUCUUCCUCCGUCUCAAAUUUCUCAGAAUACGUGAAAUUGGAAGAAGCGCAUUUAUCAGCGCCAUUUAGACCAAACCUAGAACGAAAAAGCCCAGAGAUUAGUGCAAUUCCAGAAAAAAAAGAAGAUUCAGUCUUUCUUUUGGAUGUAAACGAGGGCGAUGACGCUCCAUUGCUUGCAACAAAUGACUCACCCGAAAGUGAAAGUAGAGAUAAUGAUGCUGAUUCAAACAUUGGCAAAGAGCGGGCUGAUAUAAAUCCAGAUUUCACAAGCUUUGAGGAAUAUCAUAAUGAGAAUUUGAAAACGACUCUGAAUUUCAUAGCGAUCGAGAAAAAGCACAGUAACACUUACAUCAAGUUUCACAAUUUUGAUGAGUGCGGUGAUUCGGGGGAAGAUGAAUAUUCAGACAAGACUCGCCGGCAGGAGACAAUCAGGCAAGAUCUGAAGAUACUGAGAAAUGAACUAUCGCAAAAGAAAAACUAUCUUGCACUUCGGAAAAAGUUCCUGCCCCCUAAGAUUAAGCCUGAAUUCGAGAGACAAGACUUACCAAUGAACGAUCACGAAUUCAUAAUAAAAGAUGCGGACGAUAAUGAUAGAAUAAUCUUGCUUGGCAAAAGUCGUAUUACCACAAUAACAGAAGAAGAAAGCAAGGCAAAAUUGGGUAUGAAUGUUGUAUCCACAGAGAACAUGCAGGUCCUUGAACAGUUUGAGUCUGCUAUGCUAGAGGUCGACAAAGAUGAAACUACCAAUUGUUGAAACUAGUUUUAAGCGUACCAGUAAAUUAGGAUAUUUAAUAUAAAUGAGAGAUUUGAAAAAUGUCUUUCGUUCGCUCAAUACAUCAUACGUUAUUAA